CCGCCGCCGCGUUGGUUCCUGCUUCCCGGGCAGCCCGGGGGAUGCGCGGUGCUGCCGGGCACCCGCACGUCUGUCCUCCCGCAGCGGUGGUGCCCAUGGCGGCGGAGCCGCAGCCCAAAGCUCUGACCCGCAAGCCCCUCCUGCUCAACAAAGUGGAGGGCUCGCAGGAGGUGGUGAACAUGGCAGCGAUUGUGCCCAAGGAGGACGGGGUCAUCAGCGUCUCCGAGGACAGAACCGUUCGUGUCUGGCUGAAGAGAGACAGUGGACAGUACUGGCCCAGCAUAUACCAUGCAAUGCCAUCUCCAUGUUCAUGCAUGUCUUUUAACCCGGAAACCAGAAGGCUGUCCAUAGGUCUAGACAAUGGUACAAUCUCAGAAUUCAUUUUAUCAGAAGAUUACAACAAGAUGACACUAGUGAAGAGUUACCAGGCUCAUCAAAGCAGGGUCAUCAUGAUUCUGUUUGUCCUGGAGAUGGAGUGGGUGCUGAGCACCGGCCAAGACAAGCACUUCACCUGGCACUGUUCAGAGAGCGGCCAGCGGCUGGGAGGCUACCGCACCAGCGCGGGGGCCUGUGGCCUGCAAUUUGAUGUGGAAACCCGGCACGUGUUUGUUGGUGAUCAUUCUGGGCAAGUAACCAUACUCAAAUUAGAGCAAGAGUCCUGCAGCCUGGUGACGACAUUUAAGGGGCACACAGGUGGUGUCACUGCUCUCUGUUGGGACCCAAUACAGAGAGUUUUGUUCUCAGGCAGUUCUGACCAUUCCAUUAUAAUGUGGGAUAUUGGAGGAAGAAAAGGAACAGCCAUCGAGCUGCAAGGACAUAACGAUAAAGUUCAGUCUCUCUCCUACGCUCACCACACUCGGCAGCUCAUCUCUUGUGGUGCCGACGGGGGAAUAGUGGUCUGGAACAUGGAUGUUGAAAGACAGGAGACCCCUGAGUGGCUGGACAGCGACUCCUGUCAAAAAUGUGACCAGCCUUUCUUCUGGAACUUCAAGCAAAUGUGGGACAGUAAGAAAAUAGGCCUCAGGCAGCACCACUGCCGCAAAUGCGGGAAGGCCGUCUGCGGCAAGUGCAGCUCCAAGCGCUCCUCCAUCCCGCUGAUGGGGUUCGAGUUUGAAGUGAGGGUCUGCGAUAGCUGCCACGAGUCCAUAACGGAUGAGGAGCGGGCGCCCACAGCUACUUUCCACGACAGUAAGCACAACAUAGUUCAUGUACACUUUGAUGCCACUAGAGGAUGGCUGCUGACCUCGGGGACAGACAAGAUUAUUAAGCUGUGGGAUAUGACGCCAGUAGUGUCUUGAUACAUCAGUGGAACUUGAAGGGUGACAUUUACAGAAGAAGCAGAUUUCUUAACCCUAAUCAUUCUGCAGAAGAUAGGUAAUGCCGGGCGCAGAUUGCGGAUGAGAAAGGAACUCAUGUGUUUACAACAAUUUAUGUCCUCUGCUUGAUCAAGGUUGAACAUUUGCACGAAGACUCUUUCCAUUUAUUCUCAAAAUACACAAGAAGGUAUUUUUUUAACGGUUUGUACGAUCUGACUUCAGUUGUCUUGAGUUUGUUUGGAGAAUCCGUGUGCAGUGCAGUUUUUAGUUUUUAUACAUCAUGAUGUCAGGAUACUUGCUGCUUUGUACCGAGGGUUCUCGGUUGGUGUCUUACCGUGUCAGUUUCCAGUGUAAGGCAGUUGGCUCUCCCCACCUGUGUGUUUGGGAUGUUCCUGCUGACAAUGCUCACUUCAGCAGAAGAGCUCCAGGCACGACACUGUGCCUUCUGUGGUCACAUCGCCAAGCAUCUGAUGGACUUGCAAUUUCUACCAAGGGCUCUACCACCCUCUUAUCCUAGCAGACAUCAUCUGGAGAGCGUUCUGUUGUUUUGUUGUAGCUAAAGCAUGGCUUCCUGCCACUUUCCUUGCUGCACCAGUUGCAAAACCCGGGGGCUAGGUUGCUUAGCAACUUAUUUCUACAAAAGCUGAAAUAGUUUUCCAGCUCGGAGCAUCAGAAAGAGCACACGGACCUGCUUGCAGUCUGAUGAGGCUGAGGAGGAUUCAAAUGAAAUUACUGGCAACAACUUUCAGGAGUGUGUGCAGGGGAGUGGGGGAGCAGAUCUAAAACUGGUCUGGGGUUGAGAAGUCUGUUUUACCUCUACCUCUACCUUGUGCAGCAGCAUUUCAGCAUUUGUACCUGUCUGUGUUGUUGAACAUGAAUUUGAUUUUCCUGUUUUCCA